GUUACCUUCUUCAGAAUGAUUCCCUGCAGAGCAGUGCUCACCUUUGCCCGAUGUCUGAUCCGGAGAAAAAUUGUCACUAUGGACAGUCUAGAGGACUCCAAACUGUGCCGCUGCUUAACCACCAUGGACCUCAUUGCCCUGGGGGUUGGAAGCACUCUGGGUGCUGGGGUCUAUGUCCUUGCUGGGGAGGUUGCCAAAGCAGAUUCUGGUCCUAGUAUUGUCGUGUCCUUCCUGAUCGCUGCCUUGGCAUCGGUGAUGGCAGGCCUUUGCUACGCUGAGUUUGGAGCCCGAGUCCCCAAGACUGGAUCUGCCUAUUUGUAUACUUAUGUUACUGUUGGUGAGCUAUGGGCCUUCAUCACUGGCUGGAAUCUCAUUUUAUCUUAUGUUAUAGGUACGUCAAGUGUCGCAAGAGCAUGGAGUGGCACCUUUGAUGAAUUGCUUAACAAACAGAUUGGUCAGUUUUUCAAGACGUACUUCAAAAUGAAUUAUACUGGCCUGGCAGAGUAUCCAGACUUUUUUGCUGUGUGCCUCAUCUUAAUUCUGGCAGGUCUCCUGUCUUUUGGAGUAAAAGAGUCUGCUUGGGUGAAUAAAUUCUUCACAGCUGUUAAUAUCUUGGUGCUUCUGUUUGUCGUGGUUGCUGGGUUUGUGAAAGGAAAUGUGACUAACUGGAAAAUCAGUGAAGAGUUGCUCAGAAACACAUCAGCGAGUGCCGGAGAGUCACCUUUUGAAAAUGGAACAAGUAUCUAUGGGGCUGGUGGCUUUAUGCCUUAUGGCUUUGCAGGAACCUUGGCUGGUGCUGCAACUUGUUUUUAUGCCUUUGUGGGAUUUGACUGCAUUGCAACAACUGGUGAAGAAGUCCGGAAUCCCCAGAAGGCUAUUCCUAUUGGAAUAGUGACGUCUUUGCUUGUUUGUUUUAUGGCCUAUUUUGGGGUGUCUGCAGCCUUGACACUUAUGAUGCCAUACUACCUCCUUGAUGAGAAAAGUCCCCUUCCGGUAGCAUUUGAGUAUGUUGGAUGGGGUCCUGCCAAAUACGUUGUUGCAGCGGGCUCCCUCUGUGCACUGUCAACAAGUCUUCUUGGAUCCAUUUUCCCAAUGCCUCGUGUAAUCUAUGCUAUGGCGGAGGAUGGGUUGCUUUUUAAAUGCCUAGCUCAAAUCAAUUCCAAAACGAAGACACCAGUAAUUGCUACUUUAUCAUCGGGUGCAGUGGCAGCUGUGAUGGCAUUUCUUUUUGACCUGAAAGCCCUGGUGGACAUGAUGUCCAUUGGCACACUUAUGGCCUAUUCUCUGGUUGCAGCCUGUGUACUCAUCCUCAGGUACCAGCCUGGUUUGUGUUAUGAGCAGCCUAAAUGUUCCCCUGAAAAAGAAGGUCUGGAAUCAUGUGCCAGUGUGACCUCAAAAAGUGAGUCCCAGAUCACCAUGUUGCAAGGACAUGGCUUCAGCCUGCGAACCCUCUUCAGCCCCUCAGCUCUGCCUACAAGACAGUCAGCAUCUCUUGUGAGCUUUCUGGUGGGAUUCCUGGCAUUUCUUGUGCUGGGCCUGAGUAUUCUGACCACAUAUGGAGUGCAAGCUAUCUCGAGGCUGGAGGGCUGGAGCCUCGCCCUUCUUGUGCUGUUCCUUGUUCUCUGCAUUGCUGUUGUUCUUACCAUUUGGAGGCAACCACAGAAUCAGCAAAGAGUAGCCUUUAUGGUUCCAUUCUUACCAUUUUUGCCAGCAUUCAGCAUCCUGGUAAACAUUUAUCUGAUGGUCCAGUUGAAUGCAGAUACCUGGGUCAGAUUCAGCAUUUGGAUGACACUUGGCUUCCUGAUUUACUUUGCUUAUGGCAUUAGACAUAGCCUGGAGGGUAACCCAAGGGAUGAAGAAGAUGAUGAAGAUGCUUAUUCAGACAACAUUAAUGCAGCAGCAGAAAAAUCUGCUAUUCAAGAAAAUGACCAUCACCAAAGAAAUCUCAGUUUACCUUUCAUAUUCCAUGAAAAGACAAGUGAAUGCUAAUGCUUGUAAGAGUAGACCUGGUCCACAGUCUUAACGUGCAUGUCCUACACUGAGUAGACCAUGACAGGAUGUCAUCAUCAUACUAGGUUGUCAUGGAUUUGCUGCAUACAUAAUUCAUCCUAAUGUAUACUUACUCAUCUAACCAGCAUCUCUUCAAAUGGUGAAUUGUGGGUUCUCUCCUCAGUGAUGAAUACCCCCAAAAUAGUGUGAGAGUGUGGGUGGGGUUGGGAACGUGAAUGUUGCAAGUUAGUUGGUGUUUUACUAUUAUCAUGUGACGUUAUUCCAGUCUUGUCAGAAUUGGUGGUGUAUCACUGAAAAAUGAUCUGUAUAUGCCCUUUGUGGUUGGGAAAAUAAUUAGUUGUUUUUCUUUAUUACUGUAGGCUUCAUCAAUGUCAGUUUAGACAUGGCUAAAAGUACAGUUAUCCAGCAUGAUGUCUAACCUUGAACAGGGGUCAGAGGAGAGGAUUAGAAAUGAGCCUUUUCAGUAACUUAUAAAUGCCAGCAGUUGGUUUAUACAAAUAUGUUUUCCUGCAUGGUAUGUUAGCUAAUACUUUCACCAAUAAAAGCGUUUGCUCCUGCUUUACUAUAGGACAGUGAGGCAUUCCAUGUCACCAUCGGCAUCUUUCUGAACUCCUAUCUUUAUGAGCCUGUGGUCCUUAAAUAUGAGGCCUUCACCUGCUAUAAAUGAUAUAUCGCCUCCACCCAAUGAGGGGCUCGAGAGAGGUACUGUGAUCUAAGUGGGACCCUAAAAACUAGAGAGACACAAACACUAGUGUCAGUGGCCACAAUGAGAAUGUGUUGGAAAUCAAAGAGUUGGGCAUGUGCUUGAAUAAGCAGAUACCAGGUAUACCUCUUUUAAAAAGUUAUUUGAAAUAAAACAGUAGAUCUCCCACAGUGGUAGAAUGAGCCAUAUUUUUUGUCUACCACUUUUAACAUUUAAUCACAGUUGCAUCUUUUUUAACGUCAUCAGGCACAGAAUUCACUCCUUUGUAUCUAUUACUUUGUUUUAUCCUAGAUGUGAGGGUGUGAAGUGACUUUUAUUUUCACAAUGUGCAAAAGAGGAAAAGAUGGAGGAAUGUUAGAGAAAGUGAUCAUAUUCUGAUGUUAAAAUGUCUAUCCUGGCAUUGCAGAGCUCUUUGACCAAUUUAAGUGAUUCAGAUCUGAUCUGCCUCUGAUGUUCUCUUGGAAACAUGCAUGUUUUUCUCUCCCGCCCAUAAAUCUUCAACUCUUUUUAUUUUAUGUUCUUUUAAACCAGCACAUUAAGGAUAUUAAUACAAGCUCUGGUAUGCUACAAUAACUUGUCAAUGAGUAGGGGAAUAUUUUGGUUUAAAAAUGUGAUUAUUUAAAACAUCAAGCUAAAAAGGUAACCAAAUUGGAAAUAAAUUUUGGUAUGUAAGAUUCUCUAAUUACUAUAUUUACUUUUUUAGUGGAUUAUCUUCAGUGUGUUUUUCUCUUAAUGAAUUUUUUUGUACAAAUAGUUUAUUAGAUGAAGCUAGAGGCUAGAGACUUACAUGUGGGUGACAUUCCCAGGACAUUAUGGGGAAUAUUACCAAGCAUGCUAAUUUAUUUGUGUAAUCCAGAGGCAAGAAAAAUGUCUGUUUUCUGAAAAAUCUAUGAAAUCAAUUACUUCACUGAUGCUAUAAAAAAAAGAAGGCUGCAGUUACUUUGUGUAACCAGAGUCUAUUGUGUUGAGGUGUGGGAUAGAUAAACAGCCUGGGUUUGUGCUGCUCAUGUUGGGGCUUCCCGGACAUAGCUUGUUACUGACAUCCCACGGUUUCCAGGAUCAGCGUGGUAGAAUCUGAAGCCCAGAAUUCUUUCAGGUUUGCUGUUUUACUAGAGAGGAGGAGGUAGAUAAGCAAACGGUAAAAUAUUUAUGUAAGGGCUGUAGGCAUGAUCACAAAUGUUUGGCAAUAUACUGUGGACUUUUUUUAAUUCUCUAAUCAGUCUAGAACAGUGCCUUCACCCAGGAAAUGAAUAAUUUCAUAUAUAAAUACUUAUAUCUGUCACAAAACCACAAGAUUUUAGCAUGUGAUAGGCAGCUGAAACUGUUAUGCUGUGUUCAGUUAGGAGCAGAAUUAAGGUAAAAACUGUUUUUUCCAUAUUCAAACACUUUACAAAUAUAAAUAUUUAUGAAGAGAUGCUUUGUUGGUGACCAUAUUGGUUUUUUUUCUGUGAAGACUCAAGUAUGCAUGUUUGCAUGUAUGUAAACAUGUUUGCAUGUGUUGUAUGUAUGUAUAAGUGAACAUGUUUCCAGUAUCUGUAAGUUGGGUUUAUAAUGGGCUUUAGAUAUGAUAUUGUUAUGUGGACAAAAAACUCAACCUGUGUAGUGAAAAAGUAAUGUUUUCUAUUGAUACAUAUUUUAGGUUUUAAACUAUUUUAAAAUACAUAAUUUUAUAUGUAUGUUUUCUGUAGGUAGUGUAAGAAAUAUUUAUCCUGUUUCUAAUAUAAACUGACCUAGAACAUAACAGGUGCUUUAUAAUCUGAAUGGAGUAGGGGUAGGAGACACUGGGGUGUCCUGUUUACUUAUUUCUGUUGCAGCCUUUCUUAUAUAACCACCCUGGUGUUCACUAGUGAAAACCAGCAUUUUGCCGCUUCUCUAUUCCUGCAUUUGGUUUUAUAACCCUUUAAACAAAAUAUUUUUACUUUCUUAUGGUUACCAAAAUGUCCUAUGUAUAGAUUUGACCAGUAAGCAAAAUUACAUAAACUCUGCAAAAAUUUUAAACAUUUGUGUACAUAUUAUUUUAAUUGUGAUUGUGUGAAAGUAGCUUACAUUACUCUUCUUUUGUUAUGUUAGGAACUAUGCUCUCAGCAUUUUUAGUGAGAAUUUCUCAUAAUAGCACUUUGGUACUCUUAAAACAAGAGUCAUUUGUGAAUUACCAUAUAAAGGCAAUGCUAACCCUACAAUUACAAGACAUCUAUGAAAACUCAAGUUUAAAAACUCUUUAAUGGGGAAAACUUAUAGCAACCUUUAAUAUAUACUAAAAUACAUAUUCUUGCCUAAUCAUGUUUUCCCCAGAGAUAAAUGCCAGGAAAACUAAGAACAAUGUAUCAUUUGACUAUCUGAAUGUUGAUAUAUAAAACUUUACUAUUACCAACCAUAGUUGACAAAUAAAAAAAGCUAGUUUCUGAAUUAUCUUUUAAAGAAUAAGGGCUUGUCUAAUUCCAAUUUGUAUGAAUAAACUAUUUUUAAGACUAUGUCUUUUAAAUAGUAGCAAAAUAUUUUCUAAGUCCUAGGUAUUUGCAAAUAGGUCUUCAAAAAAUUAAUAAAACAUUUUAACUUAGAGCCUGUUUUUACAAAAUUAUUUUCUCAAUUUAUUUGAGUACUGUUCAGGGAGAAUAAGGAAAAGUAAUCAUCCUCCAAUGCUAAUGAUGACAGAGGGAGCACCUAAGCCUUAUCUUCUCUCUUGAAUUUCGGUGGUUGUGAGAUUACAGAAUACAUGAUGAGGCUGUCCCAAGAUGCUGUCUGGCUCAGCCUUCCUUGCACUGCUUGUUGUUUAUAGGCAUCAAGUGACAUUCAACACCAAAAGUAUAAUUUCCACAGUUGGCAAAAGAUUGGAUUUCAAGGGUACAUCAUGGAUUAUUAGAAGUCAUGAUGUCAUGUGAUUAGUGUGGGUUUUGGUGGGGUGGGUGCAAUUAUCCUUUUCACUAAUGCCGAAACAGUGCCUUCUUUGUAUAUUUUCUACUUUAUAAAGUUCUUUAACGUACUUAUAUAUCAAGGGGGAAAGUACUGAAAUUUAUGUAGUAAAUAGUGCCAACAAAGUUAAUUGUUUAGUCAUAUAGAUGUGAAAAUAAGGUUGUUUGAAUUUGUUAUUUAGCUGAAGUGGUUUUUUUUCCUUGUGUAAUUAUAUUUAAACACUUUAGCUUUUUGCAUUUCAAGAGGUUUGAUCUGUUACUGUUGUCACUGGUUUGGAUGUUGGUUUUUGUAAUAUUCAUAUUGUUUAUGUGGACACAGUUUAGUCUUAUUAAAAUGCAUGCCUCAACCCACUUGGUAACACUACUUGUUGGGAACAUUCUGCAUGGAGGUUAUUCACCCAGCACCCUUCUCUGAUCACUGCUUCCCCAAGCAAAUCAGAGAUAGGACCCCAGACUGGCUCCACGGUCCAGCAGCCUACAGUAUGAGAGCAUUUAUAGCUACCAAUUGGUGUAGUAGAGUCUUAGAGUGAUGGUAAAAUACGAUGUAAGAGACUUCAGAGGAAAAUAAGGUCCUUUGGGUCCUUAAUUGCAGCUCCCAACAUCCUGUGAGUAUGGCAAGGUGAAGGAGGACCAAGGAACAUCUGUGACCCAUGGGAGCGGUGGUUGCUGCUUGGAACUGGCAUACCAGAGCCUGGCCUGCUGCCUUUCCUGGAGACACAGCCAGCCUCACAGUGCCCCAGGGCAUGGCCAGGCCCCAACUGGCAAAGAACUUCUCCACUGUCAGCAGGGUUGGAUUCUGGCCAUGGCUGGCUGAUGACCUUUCACUUUGCAUGUCCACGAGUGGUGCCCCAUUCUUUUAUUGCUUUAUCUUUUUGUCACUUUACUUAGUAGAAAUUGUUCACAGAGCCUAAACCACACAGAAAUUGUGUCUAAGAAAAGCAGCAAAUACAUUGGAUUUGUGCAAAUAUAAAGAUCUUUUUAUAGUGAUAUUAAAUUUAAUGUUUUUAAUGAUAAUCAGUGUUCCUUUUUAUAAAGGUGGAUUCUUUUUUUAGAAUUUUUAAUAGAAAACUUGCUUUUAAACUCUGUAAAACAUGCAUUCUGAUGUGACCAUGUAUUUUUAAAUAAACUUUAAUAUGACUUAUAA